ACCACGUUGUCAUAUAUAAAACAUUUUCGCGGCGUAUUCGCCCUUUGUGAUAAUGUCGGCGGAUUAUGAAGAGAGAGACCUAUCCAACAGGGACAAUGGCCCUGAGGGCAUGGAGCCAGAUGGCAUCAUUGAGAGUAACUGGAAUGAGAUCGUGGACAGCUUUGAUGAGAUGGCCCUGCGUGAGACUCUCCUGAGAGGAAUCUAUGCUUAUGGUUUUGAGAAACCCUCUGCCAUUCAGCAGAGGGCCAUCCUCCCUUGUAUCAAGGGUUUUGAUGUCAUUGCACAGGCCCAGUCCGGCACAGGGAAGACCGCCACAUUCGCUAUCUCCAUCCUCCAGCAGAUUGAUAUCGAGCUGAAGGGCACCCAAGCCCUGGUCCUUGCCCCCACCCGAGAGUUGGCUCAGCAGAUCCAGAAAGUGAUCCUGGCUCUCGGCGACUACAUGGGAGCAUCCUGCCAUGCCUGUAUUGGUGGCACCAAUGUCCGCAAUGAGGUGACAAAGCUCCAAGCUGAGGCCCCCAAUAUAGUGGUCGGGACUCCUGGCCGUGUGUUUGACAUGCUGAACCGCAAGUUUCUCUCUUCUAAGUACAUCAAGAUGUUUGUCCUGGACGAAGCUGAUGAGAUGUUGAGCCGGGGUUUCAAGGACCAAAUAUAUGAGAUUUUUCAGAAGCUGGGCACCAGCACACAGGUGGUGCUCCUGUCUGCCACAAUGCCUCAGGACGUGCUGGAAGUCACUAAGAAGUUCAUGCGCGAUCCCAUCCGCAUCCUGGUUAAGAAGGAGGAGCUGACCCUGGAGGGCAUCCGUCAGUUUUACAUCAACGUGGAGAAAGAGGAGUGGAAGCUGGACACUCUUUGUGACCUUUACGAGACAUUGACUAUCACCCAGGCCGUCAUCUUUAUCAACACCCGCCGAAAGGUGGACUGGCUAACUGAGAAGAUGCACGCCAGGGAUUUCACGGUCUCUGCCCUGCACGGCGACAUGGACCAGAAGGAGAGGGACUUGAUUAUGAGGGAGUUCCGUUCUGGCUCCAGCCGUGUCCUCAUCACCACAGAUCUCCUGGCCAGAGGUAUCGAUGUCCAACAGGUCUCUCUGGUUAUCAACUACGACCUGCCGACCAACCGUGAGAACUACAUUCACAGAAUCGGGAGAGGAGGCCGUUUUGGCAGGAAGGGUGUUGCCAUCAACAUGGUGACUGAGGAGGACAAGCGCACACUUCGGGACAUUGAGACAUUCUACAACACCACAGUUGAAGAGAUGCCUAUGAAUGUGGCUGACCUAAUCUAGACGUCACCCUGCCUGUCGGAGGUCCAUUUACAUUCUCUACGGGCUUCCAUUACCACCCCCCCCACCCCCACCCCCCCCAAUUUACCAGUCUUUUAAUCUCCUACCUAUCACCCAUCCAUCUUCUCACCUAUACAAGCCUCUCAUGUAUCCCAAUAUUGCGCUCUUAAAUGGGGUAGAGGAACCCCUGGUUUCCCUCCUCUUCCAUGCCCUCUGUGGUCCCUCAGCUCGGCCCCACGUAUUUGGUCUUCUAUGGCUUAAAGGAAAGAUGCCACUUCUCUGGGUCGCGUUGGAUAAUAAAAAAAUCUAGAAUUGUAAAUUUACCUGGCCACUGGUGAAGAUCAGUAUUUGUAUUUGCAGCAGACUUCAUGUCCUUAUGUUAUUUUAGUACACCUAGGAAAUUGAAUUCUUAGGAAUGGAGAUUGUACUAUGCAGUUGCAGUCUUGUUGGCAUCAGUUGUUACGUUGUUUCACGAUCUGUGAUAAGCAGUACUCCUCUGCAAUUUUUUUCUUUUAAAGAAAACAAAGGGUUAAAUUUUUUUAAUACAUGUGCCAACUUCGAUGUUCACAAUUAACAGAACUACUGUUAGAGUGGUAUGCCAGAUGAACAGUAGAUGUUUACUGAAUACAUAUAUAAAUAUGUAUAAAUAUAUAGAGUACUUCCUAUAUUUAAUUCAAAGGUGUGUAACUGAUGUUUCACAUUGUCAAUUGUCCACAUUGACAUUUUUUGGUUAGAGACUGAAGGUGUACAGAGUGGGGUAUUGGGAGUUUUGCUUUGGGUGCAAAGAUAUUUGAUGGAUUCUACAUUUAACAAUAUACAGAAAUCAAAUUCCAGUAAAAUUGUAUUUAUUUUCACCCUUUUCUAAAUUAGCUUGGGUUCAUUUUACACAUUGGGGGAGAGGGAUGACUUGAAUAAAGUUGCCAAAUAAAUCAUGCAUUUUCUUUUGCCAGUAAUUUUAUCCUCAUCAGUAUUUCCUUUUUUUUUUCAUCAGUGUAUAGUUCGUAGUAUGGCUUGUUCCGUAAUGUCGCAUCGUUGAUUUUUACCAAAAGCCCUAAAAUAAAUUACACUUAGACAAGUA